AUGGCUUCUGUAUUUACACCACCUAAUAUUCAACAAUCUCAUCAUUUUCAAUGGUAUUGGAAUUCAUCGCCUAAUCCAUGGUCUGGUGUAGAUGAAGAAUGGCAGAUGUAUAUGCAUGAUAAAAAUAAAACUAUUGAAGAUGCCUAUAAUGCGGGAAAGUCACAGAUAGAAAUUGAUGAUAAUUAUGUGAUUGAUUUAGAAUAUCUGCUACAAUAUAACAAAAUUGAUAACUCAAAUACACGUCAAAUCAAACGUGUUCAACUUGAGAGUGAUCAUAGAAACGUUCAUCAACUUGAAGAAAGAUUUUCAUCGCCAAUUCUACUUGUUCCUGAAACAUCAUUAAUCCAAGAAUCCGAUUUAGAAGAAGAUACACUUGAAUAUCUGCAGAAAUAUGGUGAUUUUCCGGAUGCUUACUAUGAACAGGAACUCUAUAACAAAGAUAAAACCUUUGCUGAUGUCAUUGAUCAGGCUAUAGAAGGAAUUUUAAAAGAAGGUAUGUCUUUGGGUAAAGAAAUAAAGGCACGACAACUUUCUGAACAAUUGUUGGCAGUCAAACAUUUUGGUAUCAACAUUAUACCAGACAGAUUCAAUCUUCCACCAGAAGUUGGUGAAACAUGUGUUCGACUCUAUACAAUGGAUUCAUUUUGGUUCCAUCUAAUUAAUCGUAUUACUCGUAAUCCAGCGACUAUUACUCGUGAACACAUUAAAACAUUAGGACCAUUCUGUUAUUUACUUGAACUGUAUUUGAUGAAAUUCAGUACAAAUGACAUAAAAACAGUUUAUCGUGGUGUAUAUCUGACUGAUGAACAACGUCAAGAGUUUAUGAAACAGAAUGUGGUUUUUAAAUCUUUUACUUCCACAAGUAGAAAUCGAGCAAUUGCAGAAAUGUUUGGAAAUACACUUUUAAUUAUAGAUUUAAAUAUUAAAGAUCCUCAGAUGGAUGGAAAUAUGAAUCGUGGUGCAGACAUCUCACCUUUAUCUCAGUUUAGUGUUGAAGAGGAAUUUUUGGUUUGGCCUUCAGCAGAAUUUACUUUUGUUGACUAUAAAUAUGAUGCUGAAAUUAAAAAACAUAUUAUUUAUUUGAAAUCCGCAGAGCUGAAAUGGAAUUAG